CUGAGAGCGAGUUCCAGUCAAUAGAUUAGAAUCAUUCUCAUUCAGGUGAAAAAAAAAUGGCUUUCACCAGCCUUAACAUUCAUCUUCUUCCAGUUUUUGUUUUCCUAUUGUCCACCGUUGGAGUGGAUGCUGGAGCUGCAUAUCUCAGCAACGGUUUACAAAAUGACUACUAUCGUCAUUCAUGCCCAACUGCCGAGUCAGUGGUGAGGAGAGUGGUGCGUGCGAAUGUCAGUGAUCCCAGCAAUCCCAACAAUUUGAGGUUUGCUGCGGGCCUCGUACGUAUGUCAUUUCACGAUUGUUUCGUCGAGGGCUGCGACGCAUCGGUUCUUCUGAAUGGUCUUGGCACAGAGAAGACUGCACGCAUCAAUAAGUUUCUCCAAAGUUCCGAGAUCAUUGAUAAAGCCAAACAAGAGCUGGAGAAGGUCAGCCCUGGCGUGGUGUCGUGCGCCGACAUCUUGCAGUAUGCGGCUCGCGACAGCGUCGUCGCCCUUAACGGCUCAAGCUGGAAGGUGCAAGGAGGACGUAGAGAUGGCUGUGUGUCAAGGGCUGAUUCCGCGGAUUCGGAAAUCCCUUCACCAGAUCUGGACUUAGAUGGAUUGACGGCGUCUUUCAAUAGAAAAGGACUUUCGAGGGAUCAGAUGGUCAUUCUUUCAGGAGCACAUACUUCAGCAGCCGGCCAUUGCGAAAACCUCGUUACACGACUUUACAAUUUCAACUCGACUCAUGCCACUGAUCCGUCAAUCCCUGCUGCUUAUGCGGCCCAGCUGAAGUCCCUCUGUCCACAAAGGACCUUUAACGACAGUGUCUUUAUCGUAUUGGAUACGGUCUCACCAUUCUUCGACGCCGGAUAUUAUGUGACUCUCGAACAACACCAGGGAUUAUUCACUUCGGAUCAAAUUUUGUUCGAUGAUCCACGCACUCGGCCUCUGGUGGAAUCUCUGACGGACAACAAGCUGUUUGAGAAAGAUUUUGGCGAAGCUAUGCGCGCUAUGGCUGCAGUUGAGGUCAAACUAUACGAAGGAGAAAUUCGAAACGACUGUCGCAUGAUCAAUCCGUACUGACCCAGUCUUGCUGAUUACGAUCCCUUUGUAGAAUCGACUUCAGAGCCCAAAUGCAAAACCAGGACAUAGCAACGAGGAUUGUGAUAACAUGUGAUAGAAAAAAUAUUUUAAUUUUAUUCUGUUUCAUACCUAUUGACGAAGGCUGG